AUUUAUACAGACUUCUUGCCAUGUAAAAUCUUCUUAAUAUUCUCUAUAUUUACAUUAUAGCUUUUGAUUUGCGGAUGAUUUGAAUAGUACAUGUAUUCUGUUCAUUAUCUUUUUAUUUUUUUUUUUUUUUCAUUAUUUCUUUUUUUCCUUUACGGUGGCAUACUUUGGGAUUUUAUUGCUCUCGAUGAAAAUUUAUUCUUGUCAAUGCUUUAUUUUCCAUUAUUUUUGAAUAUUAUCAAAUAUUAUCAAAAAUGAUUUCUUCAUUGGUUAUUUUCAAAUUCAAAAAAAAAGUGUGCAGUUAUCGGUAACGCAU